AUGGCAUUGUUUACAUCUGAAAAGGUUCAACCCCACUGUAUUGAUUCAACACUCAACGGCUCAAUUCAUAAACAAAACAGAAAUAAGAGCGUGUCAGUAUCACCAAAAACACCUUCACUCCCACUUCUUCUCUUUUUCAAACUGCCAUCUCUCUCUCUCUCUCUCUCUCUCGCUCGCUCGAUUUCUUAUCGAUUCUUCCACCGCUCUUUGCGCUUCUUCCAGGGAGAAACUACAGCGUAUUCAGUUCUUAUUUGCUGACUAGUUUACCUUGAUUUGCUUCUGAUUCAAUUCUGCUGCAUUAGGUGAGACCAUGUUCAAUUCAAAGAAAUCUCCUUUGAGAGCUGGUAAACCCAACUCCGUGACUCCUGUCAAUGAUGUUAAACCCUGGUCGAACCCGUUUGAUUCUGACGACGAGGAUGAAAAGGAUAACAGAAAGUAUAAUUCCUCAAAGAAGACUCCUUCAGAACGAGCACUAGUUACGUUAGAAGUUAACACCAACCCAUUUGACGACAUUGAUGACAAUAAGAAACCUUCGUUGUUUACGUAUUCCCAUCAAUCAGCAGACAGGAACAGGAUUAAGAAUAGUUUUCGUGAUUCUGGUGAUGAUGAUGAAAAGGAUAACAAAAAGUAUAAUUCCUCAAAGAAGACUUCUUCGGAACGAGCACUGGUUACGCUAGAAGUUAACACCAACCCAUUUGAUGAUAUUGAUGACAAUAAGAAACCUUCAUCAGUUACGUAUGCCCAUCAAUCAGCCGACCGGAACAGGUUUAAGAACAAUUUCCGUGAUUCUGGUGGAUUAGAGAAUCAGUCUGUUCAGGAGUUGGAGAGUUAUGCUGUUUACAAGGCCGGGGAGACUACAAAAUCUGUCCACAAUUGUUUGAAGAUAGCAGAGAACAUCAGAGAGGAUGCUACCAAGACUUUAGUCACCCUUCAUCAUCAGGGUGAGCAAAUUACCAGGAGUCAUCAAGUCGCUGCUGAUAUUGAUCGAGAUUUAAGUCGGGGAGAAAAGCUUUUGGGAAGUCUUGGUGGCCUCUUCUCCAAAACUUGGAAAGCAAAGAAGACACGAACAAUAACAGGCCCUGUUAUUUUUGGAGAUGAUCCGGUUAGAAGCAAGGGAAACCACUUGGAACAGAGAGAGAACUUGGGAUUGACUUCUGCAUCCAAAGGGCAGUCUAAGCUGCGGCCUCCUCCUCAGGAACCAACAGCUGCACUUGAAAAAGUCGAGUUUGAAAACGAGAAGCAAGAUGAUGCACUGUCGAAUUUAAGUGAUCUUUUGGGAGAGCUUAAAGAUAUAGCUGUUGACAUGGGAUCUGAAAUUGAGAGACAUAACAAAGCCUUGAGUCAUCUAGAUAAUGAUGUGGAUGAGUUGAAUUUCCGAGUGAAAGGAGCUAAUCAACGCGGUCGUCGUUUACUUGGAAAAUAAGAUUGAUGUUCAACUUUUAAUCAUUGUUUCUUCAUACUGUAAUGGAUCCAUCAUUUCGGUUACAAACCUUUAGUAGUUUACUCUUACUGAAUCGUUAUUUUACUCUAACUGAAUUUGCAACAUAUUAAUGUUGCCUUGUUAUGAAUUUUUAUUGUAGAAUCAAUCUGUUCAUAAAAACUAACAAACCUGUAGUGAUAAGUA